AUGUUUACUCUCACAGUCUUACUGCGAAAAUCAACAGUGCGGCGUUGCAACUCUCUCCAGUUACUUCUAUGGAAACAACAACAAGUGCGUAAAUGUUGUUGUUCCCAUGGAGUGACAUCCAUGCCAAUAGAGAAAUUAACCCCAAACACUAUCGCACUCUAUCACUCUUAUAAAAGUAAUGCUGCGGCUGUUAACAACAACAACAACGUCCCUGUUGUAAUCGACACAAUGACAUUUCAUCAAUUAUUAAAUGAUGCCCUCUCAAGUGAUGCAGAAGGAGUAAAUAAGGCCGUGCGUGAACUAGGUAUUCUUUUACAAGAAAGACGUGAGGAACUUGCAUCCCUGUUGGAUACUAAAAAACGAAUUGAUACUGCUAUUGAAAAAAAGUAUAUUCCAUUACUACGAUAUCUUACUUUAAUUAUUCUUAUUGUACAAUUUUCUAUCCUUUUUCGUUGGGUUUUUAUGGUGUUUGAUUGGAAUUUAGUGGAACCCAUGACCUAUUUUCUAGGCUACACAGUGGUAUGGGCAAGUAUUGUCUUUCACUGUUACUAUGAAAAGGAAUUUACAUGGGAAACAUUAUUUAGUGUAUGUGCACAGAGACGACGGGAACGUUUAUAUCGAAAAGCGGGAGUGGAUGCCGUACGUGUGGAGGAGAAACAACAACAAGUGCAGAUGAUUGAAAAGGUGCUAUCAAAGUAUACAAAUAGUAGUUUAGAGCCAUUGAGUGAAGAGAUGUAG